AUGGCAAUGAACACGAUCCUCAACAUCAUACCCAUAGAUAUUAUGGGACGACAAUACGCUGCGUUUGCAGCCCUAAGACUACAGGGGCUUAAAAGCUGGAAAGCGGCUCGCUGUGGUCACACUACAAUUCUGAGAAACCGACAACUACCGAGUACAAAGGACUACUGUGUACCAAGGCUCACUUUCACUAAAGGUUAUAGCGUAACGCUACCUAGCAGGGAAUCAUGGCUCGAAGGAGUUCCGGGGUCUAGAGAUGCCAUAAGAUUCUACACGGACGGCUCCAAACUAGAAAAUAGGGUAGGAGGAGGCGUCUACUCGGAGAAAUUGGGAAUAAAAAGAUCAUUCCGACUACCUGACCACUGUAGUGUCUUUCAAGCCGAAUUGGCAGCCAUACAAGAAGCCGUUGACAGCCUAAAACUAGCUGUUAUCGCCACUACGGAAAUAUAUAUAUACUCAGACAGUCAGGCGGCCCUUAUGGCGCUUGACUCUGUCACUAUAAAUUCGGAAACAGUUGCCAACUGCCGCAAAUCACUUAACGUGAUGGCAGAGCAGUUCGCUUUGCACCUGGUAUGGGUACCGGGGCACAGUGACAUACCAGGAAAUGAGAAGGCAGACGAGCUUGCAAGGGCGGGUACUUCCUCUCCACUUUCACCAGCCUGGAAGAGGGUGGGUAUGCCACUCGCUUCCUGCAAGCUCUUACUAAGGGAGAACUUCCUUGAAGAAGCGGCCUCCAGAUGGGAGCGCACUGAAAACUGUAAUACAACGAAGCUUACAUGGCCAAAAUGGGAUGUACGGAGAUCGAGAGAAAUUCUCACUCUCAACAAAGGCGAUAUGUCACUGGCCAUUGGUCUGCUCACAGGACAUAUUUUGAUAGGAAGGCACGCAGAACGCCUCGGGGUUAGUCACAACGACUACUGCAGGAGCUGCCACGACGAAGAAGAGCCUGAAUCAAUAAGGCACUUACUCUGCGAUUGCCCAGCACUGGGCAGGAAAAGACAGGUCUUCUAG